UUCAUUUCACCCUCUAGUGGAAAAAUACUCGGCCGUCUACGAUUUUAACGGGUCGUCCAGCCUGAGCGUUUCGCAGCUAGCGAAACGUGUCGCGUAUCGCCUGCACCGACCGCACCGUCCGCUUCGCGCGCUUCGAAAAUCAUGACGCCUAGGCUGGACGACCCGUUAGUGUUUGACGUUUAAUACUGCUAGUUUACACAAGUGAAAACAAUGAACAUGAGUGAGACUGACGAAGUUUCUGAAGAAAUUUUGAAUGCUGCCAAUGCGGCAUUUUCGAAUCUGAUACCCGAAAAGUCUAAAAAGUUUUAUGAGCUAACAUACCGAAAAUUUAUGAAGUGGAGAGAGAGAAAACAAUGCCGUUCAUUUAAUGAAGACGUUUUUGGUGCAUAUUUUGGGGAGUUAGCUAAAGACAAGAAACCGUCCACACUGUGGGCACAAUAUUCGAUGUUAAGGGCGAUGCUUGUAAAUAAAAACAACAUAGAUAUUUCGAAAUAUUUAAACCUACGAGCAUUUCUGAAAAGAAAAUCCGAUGGGUAUCACCCGAAAAAAUCCAACACUUUCUCCAAAGAACAAAUCAUAAAAUUUAUAAAUGAAGCACCGGACCAUGUUUAUUUAUUGACAAAAGUGGUACUAGUAAUUGGUAUUUCGGGUGCUUGCCGCUGCGAUGAACUUUAUGGAUUGAAAUUAAAUAACAUGGAAAACGGUGAAAACAUAAUCAUAACACUUCCAAAUACUAAAAACAAAACUUCGAGAAAAUUUGUUAUUCCUGCUGAAUAUGUUGAUCUGUGCAGGAAGUAUUUUGCACUCCGUCCUCCCGCUUUAGAGAGUUCAAGAUUAUUUUGCAAUUAUCAAUCAGGGAAGUGUACAAAACAAUUUGUUGGAAUAAAUAAAAUUAGCGCAAUGCCAAAAACUAUAGCCACAUAUUUGAAAUUAAGAAACCCUCAAGAGUACACGGGCCAUGCAUUCCGCAGAACUUCUGCGACUUUAUUAGUGAAUGCAGGCGGCGAUAUUAUGAUGUUAAAAAGACACGGUGGGUGGAAAUCAUCCACCGUAGCUGAAGGAUACAUCGACGAAUCGUUAUCUGCAAGAAAAGAUAUUGCAAACAGGUUGUUUAUAGAUAAACCAUCAACUUCAACAAGUGCAGUUAUUGAUACAGGAAGCAGCCAACUAAGUUUAAACAAAGAUACAAGUUCAAAUAAUACUUACGAUAAAAGUGUAAAUAUUAUUGGUGAUAAUUGCACAAAUUGUUCUAUUACAGUUAAUGUAUUUCAAAAAUAAAAUACCUACC